AAACGCGCAGGAGGCGAGGCGUUCCGCGUAGUGAUGUCGGACAAGCUGGCGGAGUACCGCUCCCAACUCGCGCAGGUGGAGGCGGCCAUCUCGGCGGACCCGGACAACGCCGAGUGGAUCAAGCUGCGCGCCGACCUCGUCGAGGUGAUAUCGCUGACGAGCGAGCUGGAGCAGGUCAAGGAGACGGCGGCGGCGGGCUCGUCAAAGGUGGCGCAGGAGCUGCGGACCUACUCGGUCGGCGAGAAGUGCCAGGCCAUCUACGAGCAGGACGGGCAGUGGUACAACGCCAAGAUUGUCGCCCUCGCUGAGGACGGCUACUUUGUGACGUACCUCGGCUUCGGCAACACGGCGCAGGUGGACUUCAACGAGGUGCGCCCGUACCAGCGGCCAGACACGUCCGCCUGGGCGGCCGGCAGCGAGUGCUCCGCAAUCCACGCCAGCGAUGGCCGCUGGUACGAGGGGACGAUCGUCGAGGUUCGCUCGGGGUCGGCGCUGGUGCGGUUCCGCGGCGAGGGGGAGAACGCGGAGGUGGAGCUCGACCUGGUGCGGCUGCGGCUGGGCGCGACGGCGGAGCGCAAGGCGGCGGAGGCGGCGCAGGAGAGCAGCAAGCCCGCCGUCCCCAAGUCGCUCGAGAUUCUUCCCGACGACACGGCGGAGGUGAUUGAGAAGAAGAAGAAGAAGCUCAAGAUGUUCAAGCGGCAGGAGAAGAAGUCGGCGAUGGAGCAGCAGGGCGAGGGGCGGCGCACCUCGUGGCAGUCCUUCAAGGGCAAGAACAAGACCAUCGCCAAGAGCAAGAACUUCCACGACCCGCACUGGGAGCCGACGAAAAACCACGACGAGAUCCGCGCGCGCCAGCAGCUGGCGAAGGCGGCGCUGGCGGGUGCGGCGACGCAGGGGAGGUGAGGAGCGGCGGCGUAACGCGCGCGCACGAGGGAGCGCGCGCCCCGCGAUGAUGCGCAGAGAGGUAGAGCGGAACUGCGAACUCCGCGGUGUGUGUCGGCCGCGGUGUGUGUCUUCUGUCUACCACGCGCUCCGCUCUGAGUGUCUCUCUAGAGCCAAUAGGCAAUACUAGCCUGCGAUGCCGGGGCAUCCUCGCCGCGAUUUGUUAUUUGUAAAUAGAAACAGUCCACGU